CCCGCUCAUUGAAACUAACCUCAAAAAAGUAAAACAGUUGAGUUUAUAAACAUAAAACAUGGCUGUAGUUAGGAUAAAGAGACGUUGCAAUGAAGAACCUUUAGAUAUACUGUUACUUACUUGUAAAAAACGUAAAACAGAUGUGGAGGAAUCUCAAAAGGCCUCUCUUUUUAAAAUAGCAGCAACAGUUAAUGAGCAGGACGAUAAGGCGCUUCAUUUCGCACAUCAAUUCAAGAAGGACGCUGAGCAAAAAAUCAAAAAAGGAAAUGACAAAUUCAAAAAAGUGGUUGAUAAACUACGCAAAGAACAUAAAGUGAAUUCAGAAAACAGCAGGCUAAAGGUUGUCAAUUGCUAUAGGGCUCUGAAUGAGGCAGAACUGUUGCCAACCGAUGAUGGAAAGGAGAAGAUUGAUCCCGAUCCUGGAGGUCUGACUGUGCUCGACGUUGAAACGUGUCAAGAGAGUCAAGAAAAGGCUACUGAAGCUUCGGCGUCGGUUGCUGAGGGAACUUACGUGUAUGACAUUUACUACACAGCCGAUGGGUCCGAUCUCAGUGAUGUGCAGAUUGAUCAUGAAUUGAGUGUUUAUCCUAUGGACUCAGAUUUGAGUUCGUACCUGUGUGCUGAUAUAGACGUCAGUGACAGCGAGGCUCCCGAUGAUGAGGACGAUUCUAAUGACGAAAAUAAUUGGAGGAAUGACUAUCCUGAUGAGGAGGACUUUUCCAGGUAAUAAAUUAUCUUUUUAGCUGAUGCUAAGAUUACUAUCAGUAAUUAUUCUCACGCUAUU